AUGCUGCUGAAAGCCUUUGCCUCCUCUAGCCGCCGCCACGUGCUGUCCUCUUGUACCCAAAAGACAUGGAGUGUCACUAGUGUGGCCGUUCGCAGUCUGAAUGUAGCCUCUCGACCCUCGGAACUGAUUGGCAACACGCCUCUGUUGGAUUUGCAGCCGUUGUUGGAUCAACAUGGAGUGGACAAUGGGUCCAAGCUGUACGGGAAAUUGGAGUCACUGGGUCCUUGUUCGUCGGUCAAGGAUCGUUUGGGCCGCAGUAUGAUUGACGACGCCGAAGCCCGUGGAAUUCUCAAAAAGGGAGAAUCCGUCUUGGUAGAACCCACCAGUGGCAAUACAGGAAUUGCCUUGGCAUUUAUUGCACGAGAACGUGGCUACCGUUGCAUCUUGACCAUGCCCGAAACCAUGAGUGUCGAACGACGCAUGAUGCUACUCGCGUUGGGCUGUGAAGUCGUAUUGACACCCAAAGAAACCGCCGUGCCAGGAGCCCUUGCCAAAGCCCACGAAAUUUUGGAGCAAUUGGAUGGUAAAGGCAUCAUGUUGCAACAAUUCGAAAAUCCCGCCAAUCCUAAAAUCCAUCGUGAAACUACGGGUCCCGAAAUUUGGCGUGAUACCGACGGACAACUCGAUAUCUUUGUCAGUGGCGUCGGAACCGGUGGUACCGUCACGGGCGUCUCGCAGUACAUUAAAGGAUCUCCGGAACAUGACUGUCCACCACUCCAACCCAAUCUCAUGACGGUCGCGGUGGAACCCAUGGAACAAAUGCUACUCACGGCCGCCAAAGGAGGAGACAAAAUUGGACCCCAAGGACCGCACAAAAUUCAAGGCAUGGGUGCCGGAUUGGUACCCAAAGUACUCGAUCUCAGUCUCAUUGAUGAAGUUGUACCCAUUCACUCGGAUAAUGCCAUGAGUGUCACGCACGAUUUGUGGAUGACUGGAUUGCCAGUGGGUGUCUCCAGUGGGGCUAUUGUGGCGGCAUCGUUGGAAGUAUUGCAACGCCCCGAAUCCGCCAAUAAAACGGCCGUCUGUAUUAUCCCGUCCUUUGGAGAACGAUACUUUACCCAUCCCAUGUUUGCCAGUACCAAGGAAGCCGCCGAAGCAUUGGUCAAACAACCAUUGCCAGAACCAUUCGAUAACACCGAAUACGGAUUUGCCACUCCCCGGGGAUAAAAAAGACGCAACAAAACACACAAUACACAACAACCAUGCAUUGGCUUAUCCUAGACGCCACAGUAUAUAGUAGGAAGAGAGUUGGCGAAAUAAAUGGUGCUAGCAAGCAAGGAAACUUUACGACGUUGUAGUGAAAGAUGAAAUGAAACAAAUGACA